AUGAACAACGUUGUUUCUGAGCGUCCCACAUUUCUGGGCAUCCAUGCCCGAAACGCCUCGACACAAAUCCUCUACAUAUCCUCCGGAUGCCAGCAGGCGAUGGGGUAUUCCCCGCAGUACAUGAUAUCGAAGAACGCCAAGGAGUUUAUCGCAGACCCGUACGCGGAAAAAUACCCGGAAAUCUACGACGGCGCUGAGAGCGACGACGACGCCAGCGCCUACGUAAUGUACAUGAACGUGAGGUGCGGCAACGGCGACGUGGUGCUUCAUAGAGUGACGACGUUCAAAUGUGACAACUGCAUAAUCGUGGUGGGCGUGGCGUUCCCGGAGCUGCCGUUCCAAGACCGGCAUCUGCUGGAGGUGCAGACACUGGACGGUGCGAUGCGCAGGCUGAACCUGGCGGCGACAGAAAAGCAGGACAGGGAGCUGGCGGAGAAACGGCGGCAGGUGACGGAGCAGGGAAGGGUGCCGUUGUAUUUUGCGUCGCAGCCGCAGGUCAAGGCGGCAUUUGUCCUGGAGAACCCGCAGAACCAGGAGACGGACGAGUCUGGCAGAAGGCAGAGCGGCUCAUUGGUUGUGUUUGUGACGGGGUCGAUUAGCAAGAUUAUUGAUGCGGAUACGUCGGAUUUGCUCCGGUAUCCGUUCAUGAAGCUGAUUGCGCCCGAGGACAUCCUCAAGACCAGCAAGUUCUUCGAUCGGCUGUCGGACUCGCCCGAUGUUCUUGUCGAGACGUUUUCGUUGCUCGAGAAGCCGUAUAUUAUCGAGGGCGAUGUUUUGGUUCCCGACGAAGACAAUAGGCGUGUGGUGGUUGAGUGUUUGGGCGCUAAUGUGCAGGAUGGCGUGGCGCUGCUGAUGCGCAAGCUCAGGGUGCGUGGCCCGCCGGUGAGGAAUGAGGUUGGGGAGUGGAGCUCGUACAAAGCGGCGGUUGAGGAUAGCGAUGGCGGGUACUUGACGUUGGAGGAAAUCGUCAGCAGUGACCCCGAGACCAGCGAUGCGCCAAGCUGGUCCACAUUGCGGUGA